AGCAAAGGGCGUUUGUUCAACCAAGGCCUGAUGGGAAAAAUCUGACAAAGCAGGCACUGUGAAAGUCAGCUAACUCCAGAGGAUGGCAGUAAUACAACUUUAAGUAAACCCGCCGCCGUUAACUCUCAAAGAAGAAGAAGCAGAGCAGUCAGGAAUAUGAAAUCCAGCCCGUAGUUUGCAGCGUACUCGGCGCUUCUCAAGUUUCACUCCGGCGCGUGCUCUGCCCUGUCUGCUUUGUGUUGUCAGGCAGAAAUAAAGACACACCAGUCAGGGUGGCGUGUGUCCUGAUACGCAGGCACCCCGUCAGCGACCCGAAUUAAACAACAUCUAGUUAUUUUGUUUCCUGCUCUCAAGUAGUUGGAUAUCCUUUUGCUUCCUUUUUGCUACAAUGUCGGUGGGAGUGGAGUCUGGAUUCUCGAGCGAGGAGGUUUUAAACAGCCGUUUUCCUCUCCAUCGGGCGUGCAGGGAUGGAGAUGUCGGUGCCUUGUGCUCCCUCCUUCAGUGCACCUCAAACCCGGCUGACCUCACUGUGGAGGACACCUUCUACGGCUGGACGCCCAUACACUGGGGCGCUCAUUUCGGAAAGUUGGAGUGUGUGAUGCGUCUGGUUCAGGUGGGCUGUGGUGUGAAUGCCGUUACCUCCAGGUUUGCACAGACGCCCACUCACAUUGCUGCGUUUGGGGGCCACCCUGAGUGCCUAUUAUGGCUACUUCAAGCUGGUGCAGAUAUUAACAGACAGGACUAUGUGGGCGAGACGCCCAUCCACAAGGCUGCUCGUGCGGGCAGUCUGGAGUGUAUCAACGCUCUCUUGAUUCAGGGAGCGAAAGCUGAUAUGAGGAAUGCCAGUGGGCUGACUGCUGCUGACCUGGCCCACGCCCAGGGAUUCCAGGAGUGUGCUGAGAUUCUCUCCAAUGCCCAGAACUUCCAGCAAAACAUGGUUCAGUCCCAUAAUGGGGCUUUUCUGAAUGGCAUGACCCAGAAUGGGGGCCACGCUCACCCCUCUAUUCAGGGACGCAGCUUCUUGAACGGUGUGCCCAACAGAAAGAGGUCAUUCGAUGGCAUGGAAGCAAACCCAGUGAAGAAGGCUAGACCUAACGGUCUGGGCAUGCAACCUGAAUUGCUAAAUGGGAACGGGCCACUGGGUGGUGCUGGAGAUGCCCAGAUGGAAAGCAUGAACAUGGAGCUGGCAGCAACUGUAACCUCAGGUGAGAGACACUAUGAGGAUUUUUCCUCAAAUGGCUACGACCAACCACAGCUUCUAUCUGGGUGUGACUCAGCGGCACAAAUCCACCAUGGCCACCUCAUCUGUAGUGACUCCCCUGAGAUCAACAGCACUGCUGGCAGCCAGGUGGAGCACCAGAAGUCUGUGAAAGCAGAGCAGUUGUAUGACCAUGCCUUUUUCAGCACCAUGCUUCUUUACCAUGGAUCCUAAAGUACAAAGGAUGUAGAUGACAGGCUUUCCUUUCACCUGAAUCUUAUAUAAGCCUGAAUAAGCAUUAAUUUGCCUUAAAGCCAUUGAAUGGUCCUGUUAUUCUUUAAGAUUAUUGUAUUUUGUUGGAAAAGGCAGGCCCACUGUUGUGGAUGCGCCAAACUUUGUAACUGAUAAAGCUGAUUGAGUUUGUUUGUGUUGUUGAAAAGAAAGUGGUCGUUUAGCUUAUUAUAUAUUGUUUGAUUAAGCUGUAAAUAGCCUUGUUCUGAUAUAAACUGAUAUAUACUGAAGGAAGUAUCUGUAUCGAACCACUGCCAAUACUUACAUUUUGUUUGUCUCAGCUCGAGGUGGGGUGAUCCCUCCCUCUAAUAUUAAUAAAAAAGUACAUACCAUGUCAAUCAUUAAUAAUAAACAGUUUUGCAAAAGUUAAA